AUGUUCUAUAAAUAUUCACGUGAGAUCCCGGAUGAAAACUAUGUCGACUUGACUAGAAAAUGGGACGUGAAGAAAUGGGUCGAGUCUAGUGGCAGAGUCCGCUGGUAUGGAUGCAGGCAUGGCUAUUCUCAUACUAGCCCAGGCAAUUGCGACAGUUUUCAAUCGGGAAUGGCAGUGCCCCCAUGUGAUUUGGAAAAUCUCGCGGAUGCAGUCAAGUUCGUCAUGAAAGAGUGCGAGAACGCAGGGUUGUUGUGCGAGUUAACAGAUGGAACUUUGACCGGUAAGUUAGUAUUUCAGCGUUUCUUCCCGCCUUCUCAAAUUUAAAGGGGACUGUUUAAAAAUCGGAUACAGUAAAAAGCCGCGAGUUAAAACCUGGUUUUUAAGGACCUGUCAGGCUUAAAUUUCCUAGUCAGCCCUCCUCUAUAUAAGAACUCGUUUAGCCUUAAAUGUGAAACAGGUCCUUAUUUCUGUACACUUUGGCAAAUGAGAUAAGUCAACAUUCAUGAUCCCCUUUGGAGACAUAUUGUAGGUGCCUUAUCAUUCUAACUGCAAUGUAAAUGCCAGUAGUGAAAUUCAAAUAAAAUGUUAUUGAUUUUAUCAAGGACUAAGCUGAAUACCACUCAAUAAUGUUAUCAACAAUGUAUUUCUCUUCUUCACAAAGAAGGGCCUAAUCAGAGAACCUAAAUAGCCUAAAUUUGUGCUAAUUACCAUUUAUAUGUAAGAAUCUAUUUAGGCUGACUUGGGAAAAUGCUGGUUCUUACUCGUAGAUUUUUACUGUAAUCCUCAAUUAUGGUGUAAGGUCUUCGGAUCGCCUAUCAUCGCGAAACUUUUACCCUCUUCCGCUACAUACAGUAUUCGGAUCGGCUUUUUGCAGAUCACAAUGUUUUGCGCCAAAAUGACGUCACACUCUCCUUAAUAAAGAUGGCCACCCGGUCCCGGGUAGCACUAGAAAAUCCAUACAUACAAAACUUAAGGUGACUCGACCCAGUUUUUUUGGGGGGGGGUACCAUCCUACUUUGAAGCUCUCUGGUAUUCCCGUCUUUACUUUUAAUUUAUCGUAAGUCUAACACAUAGAAUGGAUAACAUAUAGAUCAAUCUACAAUAUAACAUAAAAUUUUUGGCGAUCGGAAUAAAUGUCACGUGGUUAUAAUGCCACGCCCCUUUGAGGUCUGAGUCGAAAAUCCGCUGCUGCCGGCAUUUUUUCGUAAAAUUCUCUCGGCUACACAUAGUGCGCAUUAGUGCCUUGCGCUGAACAGAGUUUCACCAAAAUCGCAAAGACCCAAUUCGAGAAAUUCAGCGGUUUCCAAAUUCAUAAGUUAUGCGAAAAUGAUAAGCAAACUUUACACGCAUUAUAUCUAAUAAACUAUGAGAUUCAUCCCUUUAUUUUGGGCAUCGUUGUAACAGAUGGGUCCUUGCAAGUCAGCAAAACGCUUUAGGGCCUUGUAAAUGCGCGCGAUUUCGAGCAAAGCAAACNACUUUAUAAUAAACUUGAAAUAGAUGGUUGGAGAACAAGUAAACCCAGUAAUAAGUGUCAUCAUCGACAACAACAAUAACGACAAUAAUAAUAAUAAGUGUUCACAUCAACUUCUGGCUUCAAGAUCUUUCUAGGAAAGUACAACUCUUUAUAUGUGGACGACCUCGAUAGAGAGAAAGUGUCUACGCCUAUGACAGGGAGAGUCGUUUAAAAUGGGAGUUUGUAUUGGAAUUUCAUUCAAUUGAUUGUUAGUAAAAGUAAUUAAAGGUGUCCUUCAGGCGAAACGUGAUCGUAUAAGCAAACUAUUUUUAAAGUUUUACUACUAGCACAGGAAACUAGAAAACCUAUGAUCUCGUCACCUGCGAGGUAUUACUUGAGAAAUAUACAGAGAUAUUACUUGAUUUGUAUUUAUUACCAUGAAUAAGCUAUACUGUAUUUCAUAAAACCAAAUGAAAAUCACAAACUCAGAGUACAACCCGGUGCCACAAUCAUUGUCAUCAUCAUUAUUGUCACUAUUAUUUUCGCACUAAAAUGUUCUUUAAAACAUUGCAUAUCACGUCAUUGUGCCACGAUGACCACUACUAAUGAAUUUUGUGGAAAUUUCGAAACGCUGGAACCUACAUGAAACGGCAUCAUUGUGAUAAAUACACAAAACCAGUGUUAGAUCUGGAUAUAGUUAAAGGCUACGUGCUGUGUACAGUUGAACAUUGUUCUCUGAGAUCGCGUAAACCUAAACUUUACGGAGAUAUUAAAAGCAGAUACCCUAAGAUUACAGCAGCUAUGGAAAAAUUAUUAUAUUUUUGAGUAGACAAAUCCCAUAAACGGGUCACAAAUUCAACAGGAAUACGCGCAAACUGCACAAAUUGUCUGUUGUACAUUUUAAAGGUUCUUCUCAACUUACACAAUUUUCCCUUGCUGAACAUAAACUGUACCGAGCCGUAUCUUGGUCCGCUAUAUAUAAGCUAUAUCAUGGUUCAAAUAUUAAACUGUAAGAUCCCUGAAAGAGUUCUCCUCAAUGGAGCAAUA